AUGUUUAUAUUUGGUAUUCUGAUAAAGAAAACAACUGCCGAUUUCGUAAACCGUAACAGUGUUAAGUAUUAUAAACAGGGAAGGACUGUAACUAUAAGGGCUUCUCAACUAGAAGUGAAUAUAGACUGUAAGGAUCAAAUUGUGCAUAUUUUAAGUGCUUUUGAACAUUGCAGGGGCACAAUAAAUUCUUUUACUAGUAAAGCUGCCAGAGAAUGCGAAAAUAAAAACAGCUGUCUUUUCAAAUUCGAAUGUCCUGAUGCGCAUUUAGGAAGAGUUAUCAGUUAUAAUUGCAGAUCACCAGAACCAUUUGACGUAACAACGGAAACGAAAAAUGCUACCUAUGUUCCUCAGGAUGGUUCAGCUGUUCUUAGAUGUGGCAACAAUAGAUUUUUGGAUAUUGUACAGGCACACUUUCUUUCAGGUCACCACAAAAAGAAAGCACUGCUAUCAACAAAUGUAACUGAUCUUGUUUCUAGAGGUUGUGGCUUUGCUCAAGCAUGUACAUUUAUACCGAAAAAUUUACCAAAAUUCAAUCCAGAACUUAGAGAUAGAUUCAUUUAUAUACAAUUCACCUGUGUCACUGAAGCAUUUGUUUGUCGACAGAUUACAUGCAGGGAAAAUUCCACAUGUAAGCAUGACGGUCUUGGACCCACAAAAUGCAUAUGUAACCACGGAUAUAUUGAUGUCAAUUCUAUUUGUGUAAAAAGGAAUGAGGUUUCUGCCUUAAAAUCAUCCGAUAGGCCUCCGUGGAGGUCCUGGGGAAGAGGUAUUCCUGGGCAGUUGGGCACAUUAGGACCCUCCCCUAUGGCAGAAAAACCCGAAGAAGGUAUUACUAUUGUUGAUCGUUCACGUAAUAAAAAAGUGUUGGAUAAAGAUAAUAAUGAUGGAAAAGGUAAUAACCUUACAGAUGAAAAUAUUGAAAGUGAUAAAAGCAUUAUUGAGAAAAAAGAUACAACCUUGCAUAAUAAUGUUAUGGAAGGUAUAGGAUCAGAAAUAAAUGAUAAUAAAGGACCUGACAACAACGAAACUGAAGCCGAACUACAGAAGGAGGAAAACAAAGGUUUUGAAGAUGAAGGUGUCUAUGUUGGGGAGUUGGAUACAGAGAAUCCACUAGGGACUAGUGAUCCAUCAGGCCUGGACGAAGUUCUCAAAGUUUUAGAGGAAUCUAGGCAAGAUAUAAAUGAUGACCAAGAAAUGAAUCAAUAUGACGUAAUUGACAUACCAGCAGAAGGUGUUGAUAACGUACUGCAUGGAGAUAAUGCAGGAAUUAUGGAACACAUGAUAUAUACUAAUUGGCUAUGCCAACACAGAAAACCUACCGGGUAA